UGUGCUUUCUAAAGCGAUCACUGGUGAUCAUCAGAAUCCAAAAAACAAUCAGAUCAAUGCAUCGGAUGUCUUAGAUUCAGCUAAGAUGGAAUGCCUUUAUCGAUAUGCCGUGAAACAUGGCCUCGAUCCUGAGAAAUUUUCGAUUAUUACUGAAGCUGAGAAAAAAAGAUGGACCUACGCAUGCCUCCGCGGUAUUUUGGAGAGAGAUAUGAAUUUUUAUCGUGGUGGAAUAAAGAGAAAAGAAGACCCUAGAAAAUAUUAUACAUUUCUAACAGACCGUGAAAGGUUAAUCGGUGAAGAGCUAUUGCGUCGUGAUAUUCUAAAGAGCGGUUUAAGCACUGAAUGGCUAGAUAAUCUUAUGAAAGAAUGGGAGAAAAUCCAUACACAAUUUAUACAGGUUUUCGCUCAGGAAUCCUCCAGCCCGAAAAAAAUGGAUGACAAGGUGGAGGUUGUACUACCUUUUUCCCAACCCAAUAGUCCAAUUCAUGACCAGGCAUAUUUCCGCAAUAAAGUCUUAAAGCUCUAUCCUGACAUACAUCUUCAUCGUAAUGGUAAUGCUGGAACAAAUGAUAUAUAUCGUUGCAGGACAAAAUCUUCAUUAUGCCCAUCAUGCGGUACAAAUCAUGAAGAAAAUAUAGUAGGUUAUUAUAGGAAUGAAAUAGGCACAUCUGGCACCUCUUAUCGUAUAGGUUGUAUGUUUAGAUAUACAGGGGCUCUCGAGAUUCAAGCAUAACACCUGAAAUGCGCAGUAUAGGCUAGGAUAGUUCGAGUGUUAUGAUCUUAGAAUGUUAUUCGCUUUUUGCUGUCACGAAUAAAUAAAGUACCAUUUUUUGCAUGUAAUCUAUACUCGUCU